AUGACAUCCCCUACAAGCCUACCAGCCGAAGUUCUUACAGAGAUCUUCGACAGUUGUGACACCUUCCAACAAGCCAUUGCACUAGGCUCGGCAUGCAGAAGAUUCCGUUCUCUAUGGCUGUCCAUCUCUUCCCCGAUUAUUCGCCGGCUCGGGAGAGUCGAGAUCCGGGCAUUUGACGAUGCUUUAAUAGCAGUUCGCGCCACUGUCAUAGCGCAGGGACACCUUGCGAAUGGAGAACUACCUCCGGAUCCGUUUCCAUUCCACCAGCUCAGUCCAGAGAUAAACCUCCCAUCGCACGAUGAACUCCUGGGUGUCUUUGGUUAUGAGCAUCUCGCCAAGUGUUUUGAGAACAUUUUCUGGCAUGACCUAUUCAAAGGCACGGUCGGUCUCGAAGACUUUGACGAGGACCCCGAGGUGUGGGAAACCUGGCGCGUUGGGUUCCACGCGUCUAUGUAUCGGCUCUUCCUUGUUGGCGCAGCACUGUGUCGAGCGUACCAGGAACCAUUUUUCCCAUACGAUGACGACCGUCCUCGUGAUUUCCUUCAAACGCUGAAGACGACGAUCUCUGAAGAGCGGUACUUUGUGCAGUCUGCAUUCGACUUGAACGAUACCCAAUAUCUGCUCAAAUACCCUGCGUAUAACUUUGGAGAUCACGAGGGACAUCAGCAGAUCUUCGGUCCACUUGUCGAAUUCCUUGUUUGCCUAAGUAAAGCACGAGCUCAAGGUCACCAGUUGAAGGAGGUCUCGUCGUUAUUUGAAUCUAUGGGGUUCACAAACCCACCCGGCCUUGACAAUAACGAAGCCUCCACUAUAUUCGCCGAGCUCGUCCAACUCUUAUUCACAUAUUAUCAGUUAGACAGUCUAUACAAAAAUCUAGUUACAUAUCAGAAGCGAAACGGCGAAUGCAUCCGUUCCAGGACUCGCUUACGAGAAAAGGUCCAUUCGCAACCCAAGAAGACGACAGUCAUUAUUCCAGGAGCUUUCUACCCAGACGAAUUUUACAUGCCGCGGCGAAUCGAAGAUGCCGGCAAAUUGUUGAGCGUGAGGCCGGCGGACCUAUCAACAAGGAUGGCAGCGCUAUCCACCAAUUUUCCCUACGAAAACCUCGACAUUCUCCUGCAAUGCUUGCACCGUACGUCAGGCCAGCCGAAUAAGUAUGAUGAAUUCUUUAGCACGCACGAGCCACAUUACGAAUUUAUCCAGUUUCUUUGCCAGAGGCACCUUGGGCUUCGCUUCAGUGAAGAAGCGUUUGAUCUUAUGAAAGAAGAAAGCCAUUAUUCCCUGUGGGAGGGGGAAAGCAAUGUGUUCGAUCAGACCACGCAAGAUAUCCAGGCAGCGGUGGAAAUGUUCACUUCUGCAGACACCGAAUAUGAGCCUUACUUUGAAGAAAUGGAAUGCAUGAUCUAGUUGGGAUUUAACUAUACAAUCAGAGGCCUACUCUGGCUUCAACACGCCAGCGGGAUGGUAUUUCUCCAGCUAGACCCUAGAAUAGCAUCAAAAAUAGCCAGCUUAGAUGCCAAC